GAAGAGCAAUAGACGGUUGAAUAUUGAUCGGAAGACUCAAAUAUUUUUAAGGUAGAGAUUCCCAAUAUAUAUAGAGAUUUGAGGGGAGGGGAGGGGAGGGGAGGGGAGUUGAGCUGUCCUUGUCUUUGUCUGUCUUGUUUAUCUGAAGAGUUCAGUCACCAAAUCCAACACGUCAAAUACUCUCUCCCUCCCCCAACACGUCAAAUUUACUAUAUAUAUAAAUAAUCAGAAGAAAAAAAACAAACACAACACUUGCUUGGUUCGGUGCUUCAACUCAUUCUUUAUCGAUAUUCAUCCUCAAAAUUUCGAUGAGGCGUUACUUCUCUAAAUUCAUUCAUUCACCGAUUCCCUUCAACCCAUCAAAUUCAUUUCCGGUGAAUUUUGAGAUGGGGUCUUAUUGUACUACAAGAAUUUGUAAUCUUCAAUCUUUAUUCAAAGGAAAAUCUAGUGAUUAUUCUACAGGAACUUCUGUAACAUCAUGUGAUUCAUUGUCUGAAGAAAAGCCGAAAGAUAAUUCUGUUUCUGAUAUGUUGGUUGAUUCAUUUGGAAGGAUUCAUACAUAUUUAAGAAUAUCGUUAACAGAGAGGUGUAAUUUACGGUGCCAGUAUUGUAUGCCGGCAGAGGGUGUGGAACUAACUCCUAAACCUCAGGUUUUAACGAAAGCCGAGAUUCUGCGAUUGGCUGAUCUGUUUGUGAGUUCGGGGGUUAAUAAAAUACGGUUGACCGGUGGAGAACCGACUGUUAGAAAGGAUAUUGAAGAUAUUUGUUUUGAAUUGUCGAGUUUGAAGGGAUUGGAAACAUUGGCUAUGACUACUAAUGGUAUUGUUCUGGCUAGAAAACUUCCAAAGCUUAAAGAAUGUGGACUUACUUCUCUGAACAUUAGUUUAGAUACUCUUGUACCAGCAAAGUUUGAGCUUAUGACGAGACGUAAAGGGCAUGAAAAAGUAAUGGAUUCAAUUAAUGCCGCCGUAGAUCUUGGUUAUAAUCCUGUUAAGGUCAAUUGUGUUGUAAUGCGUGGAUUCAAUGAUGAAGAAAUCUGUGACUUUGUUGAGCUGACACGUGAAAAGCCAAUUAAUAUUCGGUUUAUUGAGUUCAUGCCUUUUGAUGGAAAUGUUUGGAAUUUCAAGAAACUCGUACCUUACUCAGAAAUGUUGGAUACAGUGGUGAAGCGGUUUCCUAGCUUAAAAAGGAAUCAGGACCACCCAACAGAUACGGCCAAGAAUUUUACAAUAGACGGACAUAAAGGACAAGUUUCAUUUAUCACAUCAAUGACUGAGCAUUUUUGUGCUGGUUGCAAUAGAUUGCGACUACUAGCUGAUGGAAACUUAAAAGUUUGUUUGUUUGGUCCUUCAGAGGUAAGCUUAAGAGAUCCCUUGCGGAAUGGUGCAGAGGAUCAUGAGCUUAGGGAGAUAAUAGGGGCAGCGGUGAAGAGGAAGAAGCCUUCACAUGCCGGAAUGUUUGACAUUGCGAAGACGACAAAUAGGCCUAUGAUACAUAUUGGUGGAUAAGGUAUCAUAUACAUUGUUAAAACUCGAUCAGUCGAUCAUAUGGCAAGUCACCGAAGCAGCCCAAACCAAAAUCAGUAUGAAUUGAGCAUUGACCGAGAUCUUCGCGAGUGGUUAAUUUCGUUCAAUAUGGAGCGAUACAAUUUUGUCAUUUGUAUCUAUAGAGUAUAUUUUGUUGAAUAUUUUUUUGUCUACUUUUAGCAAAUAUCAAAGGGUUAAAAGAAUAAAGGGUAUGUUAGUGAAUAAUGCUUAAAAUGUUAAUGUGGCUUCUUGUUGUAUUAAUAUUUAUCAAGAGUGAUAUUGUAACAAAUUGGAAUUUUGAGAAGGUUGGUAAUUAAAGUCUCUUUGAAAGUUU